AUGAGCGGGCGGGGCCGCGCGGCGUACCGCGCCAUCUACCUGUCCUCGACCACCAAGUUCUGCACCACGCUGCACGCCUUCGGUGCGCAGGUGGCACCGCGCUACCACAUCGCGCCGUGGCAGAAGGACCCAUGGGCGGUGCAGAAGCACAAGUGGCGCGUGGCCAAGGCCAGAAGGCAGGGGCGCUGGGCCCUCGCCCCGAGCCCGCUCGCGGGCGUCCGCUCGCCGGACUGGCCCGACCCCGCGCUGCUCGGCGAGGCCGAGCUGGCGCAGGUGGCCGCGAGGGCACAGGCCGAGAAGCUGCAGGAUUUUGAGUUCUGGCAGCAGCUCGCCGAGAAGACGUUCAAGCUCCGCGACGUAAUGAGCGCAGGCGACCUGGCGACGAUCCUCGACGCGCUGCUGACGGCCGACCACAGGCACCUGUUGCUGAUGAAGACGCUAGCACGGGAGCUCGUCGACGACGCCGACAAGUUGCAGAUGGUGGAGGUCGCCGCGGUGGCGAACGCCUACGCGCGCUUCAGCUGCCUCAGCGAGCCCCUCGUGGAGGCGCUGUCGGCCCGGGCUACGGAGCUCAUGCAGGCACACUUGCGGGACCCGGAUCCAGAGUUCGACCCGCAGAGCGUGGCUGUGCUGGCGAGGCCCCGAGGGGGGGGGGGGGGGGGUCAGGGGGCGGGGGGGCCGUCACAGGUGGACGCCUUCACCUUCGCCGCCCUCUCCGAACUGAUUGUCUGCUUCGCGGCCCAGGGCCGCGCGCUAACGCCGGCCCCCGGCUUCUGGGAGGCCGCGGCGGCGAAGGCGCCCGGGAGCCGCAUGGCAUCGCUCUGCCCGGCGCUGCGCGCGCUGCCGGUGCAGCAGGCGCCCAGCUCCGCGCUGCGCGACGCGCUGGUGGCCGAGAUCCUGGCCGGCCUCCAGGACGUCCCCCUGGCGCCCGCCGCGGAGCCCCUCGGCGCGGCGCUGGGGCUCUGGGGCGCGCCAGCUGGCGCGGCGCCGCGGGCGCCUGCCUUUGCCCACGAGCCGCCGCCGCCGCAGCUGAUGCCUGACGUGGCGCGGCGCGGGCAAGGGCGCUCGCAGCCGCCGCCCCCGGCGAUCGCCGCCGGCGGCGGCGGGAGACACGCUGUGGAGGACUGGGGCGAGGUCGCCGUCAUCGAGGAGCCCCUGGAGCCCCCGGCCACAAUCGUCGAGGCCACCGCGAGCGCCGCCGAGCAGCCGGCGGCGGGGCCGCGCAGGCGCGAGGCGUUGAGGCGUGCGCGGUGGUACCGCGCGGCCAACCGGGGCCCCGCCCGCGCCGCCCGUCCGGAGUACGCGGCCUUCGACCCGUCCGAGGCGCUGGCGCGCGGCCGCCGCGGCGGGCUGGUGGCGGACGCCGUGGCGGGCCUGGGCGGGCUCUGGCGGCAGGACGGCGGCGCGCCCCGAGCACCGCCGGCGCCUGGCGGCGGCACUGCCGGGAGGUCGCCGGCCGAGCUGGAGUUGGAGCUCGUUGCCGCCGCGGCCCCGGUGCUGCGCUCCAGCUCGCAGGGGCUCUCCGCCGAGCAGCUGGUGGACUGCUGCGAGGUCUACGCGCAGCUGGCCGAGCGCGAGGCGCCCGGCGGCGGCGUGGGAGCGCACGCGGAGGUGGUCCGCGACCUGCUCCAGGAGGCCGUGCGCAAGCUGUCCAACUUCAGCCCCGACGGCCUGCGACGCCUGCACGCCGCCGCGCUGCAGGCGGGCAGCCUGGACCCCUACCUGGACUGGGCAAGGCAGCGAAGAUUUCCCAAGGCGCUGCGCCAGGAGCUCCGCGCCGGAGGCGGGGCCCCAGCGGCAGCGGCGGCGCCGCCGUGA